CCGGGUCGGCAUCGAGCGCCUCGACUGCCACAGCCGCUCUCAUCGAACAUCGAACAUCCCCGAUGGAAAAUCCAGCACUUGAAGUCGGCCAUGUGGUGCGCGCACUCGUGAAGAAACCGACGUUUAAGCAGCAAGCUGAUGCCAUAGAGAAGUAUUUUAUGCCGGAUGCCACCUUCUACCACGUAUACGUCAAUGUCUACAAGGGCCACGGCGCGUUGAUUGCCCUGUAUCAGUACGCCAUGUUCGUUGCCAACUAUCAGGACGUCAUCAUCAGAAGUGUGAUCUACGAUGCGGAGGACAAUUGCGUUGGAGUCCGCAUGACUGUCAUAUGCAAACCGUGGCUUCUGCUCUGGCGCUCACUCAAACUAGAAUUGUUCACCCACUUGGAGCUCAGCGAUUCCCAAGAUCCGAGGUCCGGCAAGACGAUCAAGAGGAUCAAAUCACAAAAGGAUUACUUCAUCCGCGAUCCUCUUAUUCAGCUCAUUCCGAUAGUGGGGCCAAUUUAUGAUUCAGACUCCGUCAAGUUUGUGCUCGGCACACUCUUGACGGUGGCGUUUCGUGUAGCUCAAAAUGCCUACCUCAUGAUGGUGCCCAAGACAGUGCAGAGCUGUGCUUUCAGCUUUUGGAAGAAGUUUCUUCUAUCACCGCCCAUGGAGCAGUGUCACUCGUUUCCGACCAAGAUGCCCCGAUAAUUCCUGUCUCUGUCGAGCUUUUCACUUGUAAAGACUCUGAUUGCUGAAAGUUGAGUUUCUUCUGGACGUUUGUGUGUAGAGUUAUCCUGUGCAUCGGCUAUUUAUAUGCCCAGAGGAUAACUGUACGCGGUUAUCCUUAAGGUGCUACUAGGCAUGCUCCUGAAUUGUGAACGUCCUAUGUACAAGGUAAUACAAGUUUUUGAAGUGAAUAUUAUGGAAAUGCAGGGAUAUUCACUAACUG